AGGUUUGAUUUUGAGUUAUGGCGGGUCAAACCCUAUUGUUUUUGCUGCUUUUGGUGAUUAUAGGUCAUGUGAGUCCUCAGACAACAAGUAUCCUCUAUCCAAUAUCUGGAACAACAAGCGCUGCUUCAGACGAUGGAAGUUCUCCUCUUAUUGUCCUACAGCGUGCUUUCCUGUAUUUUGGACAGUCGUAUAAUCAGAUUUAUGUAAACCACAAUGGGCAUCUGACCUUUGAUGCACCAUGGUCUAGCUACAGCCCGCAACUGUUUCCAAUGUAUGGAUCCAGAGACAUCAUUGCUCCAUUCUGGACAGAUUUAGACAACAGAGGAAAUGGUCAGAUCUACUACAACCAAUACACCAGCGGCAGUGUUCUCCAGCAAGCUACACAGGACAUUAAUCAAUACUUUCCAGGACUCAAUUUUAAUGCAAACUGGGUCUUUGUUGCAACUUGGUAUCAGGUGGCAUAUUAUCCAACGACUGGAACACAAACAACAGUCCAAGCUGUCCUGAUAUCGGGUGGCCAGUACUCAUUUGUGUUGAUGAACUAUGGGCAAAUAGCCUAC